AGUAAAUAUCCUCAUUAAUUUUCGAUUCAGUGUGCCUUACCUUCCAAAAUCAUGUACAUACAUAUGUAUGCCUAAAGAAGUCCGCUUCUCUUAGAGAUAAUCUCAAAAAAAUGGCACAUUUAUUAUAUCGCAUAUCGACUUUCUGACCAAACCCAUGAAGCCAAUGUGACAACUGUCGACCAAACUACCAGCCAUUGGAGGCUGUCAUCCAAACCCGUUAGCCGCAGCCGUACCCGUAGCCAUGCCCAUAUGCAAUGCGGAAGAGGAGCGAUGCGAGAUCCAAAGACGCCACGCCCCCAAACAACCGAUUCGGAUUCGGAUUCGGAAGACGGAACCCAGCUGCUCAAAGUAAAGCAAAGCAAGUCGAUCGAAAGCGAAAACGUAAACGAAACCAAAACUCUGAUGUGCGAUCGAUGGCUGUAAACUUGAACUUGAAGCGUAGCCAAAAGCGAUGGACACGACGGCAACUAGUAAAUAGCAGAUAGCAAAUAGCAACCAGCAACUUACAACUUGCAACUUGCAACAUGCAAGAGCCUGGCACACGCAACAAUGCUGCUGAAAUGCCUUCAAGACAGUGUCAGCCAAAUGUUGUUGUUGGCUUUGCUGACGCUGCCGUGUUUUGCUCUGGCUAAAACUGCAGUUGGAGCCGCAGCCUGUUGCCAAUUGGAAUUGCGGGAAAUUGGUCGACUAGCGAUAUAAAAGCCAAGCUCGCAAUGCAGCCGUGUUAAUCAAAGCGCGUCGCUCGCCAGGAAAAGUGCAAGUGUUUUCCACGCUCCCAGGCAGCAUUGAAAUUCAACGAGGUGAAAUACUCAUACUUUUUUUUCUGUGUUUAUAAAAAAGUGUUUCGCAAGGUGAUCCAUAUGGUUUAGUUACAAGUCCAGUUGACGACAAAGUGUUUUGAUUUUGGAUGCACUUUGCGUCCUUGAAAUCAGUUUUGGGCAUAAGCUGCAAAAUGUUAUACUAUAGUAUCCUUUGGGUGAACAAAUGCUGUGCCACCGACACAUGUACAUCCAUUGCCACCUCUUCCUACUGCAGCUCCUUGUGAUGCCCCUCCUUCAGGCUUCCCCCGUUUCGAGUCCCGAGAUCGCCGGUAAGGGUUCCAAGUCCCCGAACAGCCUGCCACAGGUGCAACAGCAGCAACAGCAGCAGCAGCAACAGGAGGCCCACCUGAACUCGCUGAGUGCCUAUGCCAGUGGCUACGACAUGGUCCAGAGCCAGGCUCAAGCCCAAAACCAGCUCCAGGCCCAGAUUCUGGCACAAACGGAUCCGGCGUUUAAGCCCUCGUACAAGAUGCCCGAAAUGGAGACCAACUUCACGCCCAUGCAAACGGCCGGAACACCAAGUGUGGCCAGUUUACCGUCCACUCCCAUGCUCAUGCAGUAUCUUCCGGCGCAGACAAUCCAAGAUGGAUCCGGAAACUCGGUUCAGUACCUGCAGCUGAUUCCCACCCGACCGAUCAUAGUGCCCAUCUCGCCGUACCUCUCGGCUGCCGCAGCAGCCGCCGGAUCUCCUCCAGCAAUCUCCGCCGGCGCACAGCCGGACUUCGGAGGACGGACGGCCACUGUUCUGAGUGCUCUGCCGCCCAACUACGCUGCCCUCCAGGGAUACGCCAGUGGGUCGUCCAUCAAUCCGGCGGCCGCCUUCCGCAACACCUAUCGGAUCAAUCGCGAGGCGAAGGACAAACACUUCCCGCCCUCGUUCUCGCUCAAUCUCAACGAGUACUUGCCAGCCGCCUCGAUGGGAUUGCCUGGAGGCCAUGACGCCGCCGCCAAUGGUCCACACUUGUACCUGAGGACCAGGCCAUAGGAUGUAAGCUACCGCCAAAGUCUCACAACGUUUAAGCCUCUUUUUUUUUCUUCUGGAACAAAGCCUUGUGUAUAGAGUGAGCCUGUGAUUACUUUUUUACAAGUCUAGAAGCGCACAAACAUGUAAUUUUCUAAGACUCACCUUAAAACCCUACCGUCUUGUGACUACAGAAAUAAAUUUUCUCAUAAUUCAA